CUUCUAGUCUCGAGCAGUGAAAGUAUUGUAUUAAGUUCUUGCCUCAUAUGCUCUUAUAUAGUAAAAAAAUAUUUUUUUGAAUCUCUUCGUAAUAAUAUAAACGAGCUAGAAAAAAAGAGCCAUGAUUCUACCAGUUCCAACAGAAACAUGCACUACAAAAUAUUGCGCCUGCCUUUACUCAGUGAUUAUUGCAUACCUAUAUGGGCGCUCUGUGGAUGAUCGUUUUAAAGUGAUGACGAAAUCUGAACCAGUGAAGUACGAUUUCAUCGUUGUAGGAGCUGGAUCUGCUGGAUGUGUAAUGGCAAACAGACUCACAGAGAUAAACGAGUGGAAUGUACUUUUAAUAGAAGCAGGCGGAGAGGAAUCAAUGGGAAAUGAUGUACCUGGUUUUUUUUCACGAAAUUUGUUGACGGGAGUAACAGAUUGGAGAUAUAAAACGCAGCCAGAAGAGAACGCAUGUUUACAUAAGAACGGAUGCCCGUGGCCGCGAGGCAAGGUGAUGGGGGGUUCAAGCUCAACCAAUGCCAUGAUGUACAUCAGAGGAAAUAAAGAGGAUUAUAAUAACUGGGCUAAUCUGGGAAAUACUGGAUGGAGUUACGAUGAAAUUUUACCUUAUUUCAAGAAAUCAGAAGACAACAGAGAUCCGAAGAUUGUCGAACAAAGUCCAAAGUACCAUGGAAAAGGAGGAUACUUAUCAGUGGAAAGCUCUUCUGUUUUCUCUAAUACUGGAAAUAUUAUUUUAUCAGCUUUCAACGAAAUGGGAUACGAUAUCAAAGAUUUAAAUGCUGAAAGUAUGUUGGGUGCAAUGAAUCUACAAAUAACAGCCAAAAAAGGAACUCGCCACAGUACCAAUGUAGCAUUUAUUCGUCCGAUUAGAGAAAAAAGACCAAAUUUGUUUGUUAAGAAUCGAACUUACGUAACGAGAAUCCUAAUUGAUCCGGUCACGAAAAAAGCUACCGGUGUUGAGUAUAUAGAUUCUACUGGAAAAACUCAAGUAGCUACGGCCAAAAAAGAAGUAAUUGUAUCUGGAGGUACUAUCAAUUCUCCACAAAUAUUAAUGAAUUCGGGUAUAGGACCAGCUGAUGAACUUGAAAAACACAAUAUCGAUGUCAUACAGGAUUUACCAGUUGGAUGUAAUUUACAGGAUCAUGUUGUUUUUAAAGGUGUUUCAAGCAGACCAAAAAAUGUCACAUCAACUGAAGACUGUGACGUCAAUUUAAAGAACUUAUUUGAUUACGUACUGAAGCAGGAGGGUCCUUUGACUGGAUUACAACCAGCAUAUCCUGUUGCAUUUGUUCAAACAGAGUUUUCAAAAAACAGCGACAUUCCGGAUAUACAGUAUUAUAUUUAUCUAAAUAAUGCAUCGUUUUUCGAUAUUAGACCGGUGUUAUUAGCCCCGAAGAGUAAAGGAGUUAUCAAACUUAAUAAUGCGGAUCCGGUUAAGGGACCGCCUUUGAUUUAUUCUGGAUAUUUCACUGAAGCAGCUGAUGUAAAACGAAUGAUUCAAGGUGUUCGAGUAUUGUUGCCUUUGUUCGAUACUAAUGUGAUCAAAGAAAAUGAUUACGAACUUAAUACCCAUCCGGUGAAACCUUGUCAUAAGUUCGAAUUUAAUUCGGAUGCAUAUUGGGAAUGCAUGAUGAGACAUUUCACUCAAACUAGUUAUCACCCUGUCGGAACGUGCAAAAUGGGUCCCAAGGAAGAUCUGGAAGCUGUUGUUGAUCCAAGAUUACGAGUUUAUGGAGUUGAAGGGUUGCGAGUUAUCGACGCGUCUAUCAUGCCAGUUAUUCCGAGAGGAAAUACAAAUGCGCCAACUAUUAUGAUUGCUGAAAAAGCUAGUGACAUGAUUAAAGAGGAUUGGUUGGGGAGCAUGAGUUAAAUAAGGAAAACAAAGAAACUGCAAAAAUCAGCACAGUGAAGUUAUGUGUAUAGAAGAUUAGUUACCGAA